CUUUAUCUAAUACGAUAAAACAUUUUUAAAUGUAAAAAUUUUCUUCUUUCUAAACGCGCCUAGAAAUGAAAUGGACUGUGACACGUUCUAAAACAUCUCAACUCUGCUAUAUUCCGGUUAUUUCGUCCUCCAGCUUGUCUGGUUUUUUGAACCUUGUUAGUUUUGAGUUAGUCUUGAAGUUAGCUAGUACCGUAAUUUGAAUGUCUUCGUUAUAGUUAUUUCAUCUCAUCUUUUUCUGUCCUCUGUCUUAAGUUAUUUUAUUCAUUCAAUAUGCCAAAAAUUUUUCUGAAAGUGAGCCGUUAUGGCUCUUUACUGGUCAAAAAUGUGCCACAAUUAUCACUUAAAAGCCAGGUUCUACAAAGUGGUAUUAGGAACUUAAGUGUAGUCCAUGGUGACCUAAGUAGGCUAAAUGAAAGUGUUAGGAGUUACAUUGAAGAAAAGGCUAGAUUAUGUCAACCAGACAAUCUCCAUAUCUGUGAUGGUAGUGAAUCAGAGAAUGAUUAUCUUCUAAAUCUCAUGAUGAAACAGGGAAUGGUGACACCUUUACCCAAAUAUGAAAACUGCUGGCUUGCUCGCACUGAUCCAGCAGAUGUUGCUAGAGUUGAGAGCUUAACAUUUAUGUCCACCCCCAAUAAGAGUGACACUGUCCCCACUCCAAAAGAAGGAAUCAAAGGAACUUUAGGUAACUGGCUAUCGCCUUCAGAUAUGGAGAAAGCAUUCGGUGAAAGGUUUCCCGGUUGCAUGAAAGGUCGUACUAUGUAUGUUAUACCCUUCAGCAUGGGACCCAUAGGUUCACCUCUGUCUAAGAUAGGAAUUCAAUUGACUGAUUCUCCAUAUGUUGUUGCCUGUAUGAGGAUAAUGACUCGUAUGGGUGCUACGGUGCUUAAAGUUCUUGGAAAUGAUGAGUUUGUUAAGUGCUUGCAUUCCGUUGGGCAGCCUUUGCCUACUAAAAAACCACCUAUAAAUAAUUGGCCAUGUAACCCUCAAAAGACUAUCAUUGCACACAUUCCAGACAACAGUGAAAUUUGCUCGUUCGGCAGCGGGUAUGGUGGAAACUCCCUUCUUGGCAAAAAGUGUUUUGCUUUAAGGAUUGGUUCCAUUCUUGCAAAAAGAGAAGGAUGGUUGGCUGAGCACAUGCUGAUUCUGGGUAUUACAAAUCCACAAGGUGUGAAAAAAUAUAUUGUGGCUGCUUUUCCAAGUGCCUGUGGAAAAACUAAUCUGGCUAUGUUAACUCCAACCUUGCCUGGCUACAAAGUAGAAUGUGUUGGAGAUGAUAUCUGCUGGAUGCGGUUUGACGAAAAUGGGCAGCUGAGAGCCAUUAAUCCAGAAUAUGGCUUCUUUGGUGUAGCUCCUGGGACGUCAAUGAAAACGAACCCAAAUGCCAUGCUGACCAUUCAAAAGAAUACAGUGUUUACUAAUGUUGCUGAAACCCAUGAUGGGGGAGUGUUCUGGGAAGGCUUAGAGGAGGAAACUCCUUCAAAUGUUAAAAUAACAUCUUGGUUAGGAAUGGAGAAUUGGACUCCGGAAGUAGGAAAACCAUCUGCUCAUCCUAAUUCCAGGUUUUGUGCCCCUGCCAAGCAGUGCCCAAUAAUGGAUCCUGCUUGGGAAGAUCCCAAAGGUGUUCCUGUUAGUGCUAUUGUAUUUGGUGGCAGGAGACCUAAAGGAGUACCUCUUAUAUAUGAAGCAUUUAACUGGAGGCACGGUGUUUUUAUUGGUGCAGCCAUGAGAUCUGAAGCAACAGCUGCUGCUGAACAUAAAGGUAAAGUGAUAAUGCAUGAUCCAUUUGCAAUGCGUCCAUUCUUUGGUUACAACUUUGGCAACUAUUUGAAUCAUUGGCUUAGUUUUGGCAGCAAUCAGGGCCUAAAGCUUCCUAGAAUAUUUCACGUAAACUGGUUUAGGAAGGAUGAAAACAACAAGUUCUUGUGGCCAGGAUUUGGGGAAAACAGCAGAGUUUUGGACUGGAUAUGUCGUAGAGUUGAUGGAGAAGACAUUGGCCAGAAAACUGCCAUUGGCUACAUACCUAAAGAGGGAACAAUGAAUUUUUCUGGUCUGUCAGAAUCUGUGGAUGCUAAGGCUCUGUUCAGCAUUCCCAAAGAAUUUUGGCUCCAAGAAUGCAAAGAAGUUGAAAAGUACUUUAGCGAGCAAGUUCCCCAUGAUUUACCAAAGGAAAUAAAGGAAGAGCUUAAUUUGUUGGAGGAGCGUGUGAAAAAUAUGUGAUUUCAAAAGAAAAGAAAUAUUUUUAUUGAACUUUAAAAAUAGGCAGCACAAUUUUUUUUUAAAUCCUAAAGAAAUAUAUAUAUCUAGGUUCAAUCCUUUUAAGAUAGUGAAAUGGUAUUUAUUUGAAUGUAUGUGGUCUAUUCAAUAGCAUGAAAGUUUCACCAUUUUUUCUCUCGUUAUUGUUCAUAUAUCAUUUCAAAGAGUCUUAUAUAUAUAUUACAGAUUAAGAUAUUUUUUUAGCUUUUUACUCGUUAAUUUGUAUUAUGCUUUUCUUUUUUUUUUUAAUUUUCAUUUGCAUUUUUUCAUUUUUUAUUUUUACAUCAUCAAAGUAGUUUCAAAAUUUUCUUUUAAAAAACUUGACUGAAUGGAUUAGUAAUUUGGAUAACUGCAUAAGUGUUUUUUGUUUUUGAAAAAAUUGCUUAAUUUUAUUAAAUGCUCAUUCUUAAAUAAAAUAAAACUUUUUUUUUUAUGUGUGAUUUGCUUUUAAUAGUUUAUUUUGUAUGUGCUAAUCAGUUUUUUUUUUAAAUUUUUAUUUUAGUUUUAACUUUAUUUUUUUCUGCUUUUAUACUUAUUUUGUAAAAAAAAAAGUUUUUGUUUUUAAGCUUCAUAUGUCUUUUAUUACCAAUUUAUUGCCAAUUCUAUCUUAAACUAAUCAAUUUAUUCAAGAGUCGAUAUUAAAUUUUUGAUUUACGUAAACAUUAUUCUUGUAUAAAACAACUUUCAAUUUCCUUUUUUAAAAAUAUAUAAGAAUAAAGCUGUUUGAUUACUUUUUUUAAAAGCAAAUAACUAUUUCAGCUUUACCAAAUUUUAUGCAAUUAAAUUGACACUCUCAUUCCAACAAGUUUCUUUAAAAAAUUAUUUAUUAAUAAUAUAAAUGCAAUAAUAAACAAUAAAAUAAAUAAUAAAUUUAUAUUAAAUAAAGCAGUGAUAUCUAUUUUUAAGUAUGUACUAUUUUAGCUUAACCAAAUGUGACAUUACAUUAUAAAAUGUGCAGUUAACAAAUCCUUUUUAUUAAAAAAUAUAUAUUGCUAAAUAAAUAAAUUUUUAUGUGAACUUAAAGAUUUUCUUUCAGUAUUAGGUCAGAAAUAUAUUUUAUUUGUGCCAAAAUUUUUUUUAGUGUUCUUAACUAAUUAUAAUUGAUCUAGUAAUCUGCUAAUGUAUAGUUUAAUCUCUAUUCCUAAAUGAUUUAUUGAUAAAAGGCCUACAAUAAAUUUAGCUAAAUUAUUUUAAUUUAAUACAAAUGAAUUUCUUAAUAUAGGAUAUUUUAAUUUAUGUGAAAUUGUGUGUUUUAAAUAAUUUUAUCCAUGUGCUCAAUACCUAUGAAUUGUAAUAAAUUCUACUUUGCUCAUUAUUUACAAAAUAUAUCUUAGAACUUACUUUAGAUAUUAAAUUUUUUUUUGAUAAAUCAUAAUUUAUUGACCGAGCUUUUAGUUUGUUUUACUUUUGUAAAUAAUUUGUAGAAAUUAAUUUAGCCAUUUCAUUUUAUGGUUAAAAAUUAUUCAUACAUUCCUUGUUGUAGAGUUAAAAUCAUGUACUUUGUUUUUAUUUUUAAAUUUUAGUUGUGUAUUUGUGUAUGUUUUUAAUUUUACAUUUUUGAAAGAAGAAAAUGAGCUUGGUAUAAAUAAAAUGAGAGAUUAAGAGCAAUAAAGUUAAUUUAAUCUUAGAAGACUUUUUUUUUUCUUCUCAAAAAAAAUAGCUUGCCGUUUUAAUCUAUAAUACUGUUUUUAAAUGUUACGGUUAAAUUGGUCUCAUUUUUAUUGUGUAAAAUAUAAACUUUGUUAUGUAAUAGAUUUUGAAUAAAAUGUGCUUUAGUUUGAUAAA